AUGGUAGCCACCGCUCUAGCUUCGCCUUCGGUCACCAUUGACGCUGGCACUAUCUCGGGUGGAAAGUGCAGUGGUGGACAAGGUUCGGUCUACUACAAGGGCAUUCCGUUUGCCGAACCUCCCGUCAGGGACUUGCGAUUCGAACCUCCCAAGGCUUACAGCAAGAAAUACUCCAACGGGGUACUUAAUGCAACUGUGCCGGCUCCAUCCUGUAUUCAAUUUGGAACUGCAACUGUGCCAUCCGGAGCCAGAUCCGAAAACUGCCUCUACUUGGACAUUUGGGCUCCAUCAAGCGCGACCAAAGACUCCAAGCUUCCUGUCAAGGUUUGGGUCUUUGGCGGAUCCGACACAGAAGGCGGCAUUGAAUAUCCUCUGUAUGACGGCUGUAACUUGGCCGAGAAAGACACGAUUGUGGUGUCACUGAACUACCGACUCGGGCCCCUCGGUUUCUUGGCACUGGAUAGUGCCGGAUACCACGGUAAUCAAGGAAUACAAGAUCUUAUUCUUGGAUUCGAAUGGAUUCAGAAAAGCAUCUCUGCCUUUGGCGGCGACCCUAAAAAAGUCCUCGCUUUCGGACAAUCAGCUGGUGCCACAGAUGUGUACACCCUUGCGACUCUUGUUGAGGCACCAAUUCUCUUCAAGAGCGCUAUCAUUGAAUCGAUCGCUCUACCUCAAUUGACAAACAAAUCGAUUGCUCAAAAGCUCGGUGUGUCGUUUGCGAAGAAGCUUCAAUGCGGUCCCAAGGACAAAUCAUGUCUCCAGUCCAAAUCCCCGGCCGACCUUCAGAAGGCAUUUUAUUCCGAUUCAUAUAUGAAUUCAGGGAUCGGGGGACUUGAUGGAAUUGGUAGUUCUAAUAGCCAGACGCCUGAAUUCUGGCCAAUUGUGGAUGGCACACUCGUCAAAGAGAAUCCUCUGCAUCGCGGUGCACAAGUCCCGACAGUCUUCGGAUUCAACCAACAGGAGGGCACUUUGAGCACCAUCGGGAAGUAUUCGUCCGCAAAGCUCAUUGCGAACCUCACGGCGGCUGAUUACAAGGCUUUUCUCCGAGGAAACUGGGGCCCUGUAGCUCCAAUGAUCGAGAAAUAUUACCCUCUAACUGCGUUUGAAUCUGCUGUCAAGAAACUCGGAUUGACAGCUGGAUCAGGUGUCUUUGAGGCUAUUGCCCGGGUCCUCACAGACGCACAUUUCAAAUGUCCGACAUAUCAGAGUGCGCUGAGUACUGCGCGCAACGGUAAUCCGGCAUGGGCCUAUGAGUUCACUCACAAUUCCACCUGUGUGUGGCUGGAUACGCUUGUUCCCAUUGCAGACGAUCUGUCCUUCCUUGGUGCUGCUCAUACUGCCGAAAUCCCAUUUGUAUUCAGCAACUUGAAUUUCAGCUACCCUGAAGACAACUACACCUGCAGUAGCUCGCAAGGUGAGCGGCAAUUGAGCAAUGAGAUAAUCAGCUUGUGGACUGCGAUGGCGGAGAGUGGCAAACCAUCCACCGAGGCUAUUCAAUGGCCGCAAUUCAAGAUCACAUCAACGGGGUCGAAUACCCCAGGAAUGAUCUUUGGUAAUUCAACGCCAUACUGGAUGGAGGAAACACCACGGCCACAGCAACUUCAUCUCCCAGCAGCAGUGGAAAGCCUACAGCUUCGUCGACCACUACGGCUUCACUGA